AUGAAACUCGACGCCAAGGCUCUUCGCUAUCUCACUUCUGAGGACUUCAGAGUGCUUCAAGGGGUGGAAGCCGGAAGUCGUAACCACGAAGUCGUUCCCACUCCCCUCAUUUCUCAGCUGUCGGGCCUCCGCGGAGGCAGUGGCGUGCAUCGGUCUAUCUCGAAUCUGGCCAAGACGAAUCUGAUCGCAAAAGUUAAGAAUGCGAAAUACGAUGGCUAUCGACUCACAUACGGCGGUCUCGAUUAUUUGGCGCUGAAUGCGCACCAGAAGCAAAAAGUCGUUUACUCGGUUGGCAACCAGAUUGGUGUGGGCAAGGAAUCAGAUAUCGUCGUGGUCGCACACAGCAGCGGGUCUCAGCGCAUCCUUAAAAUCCAUCGUCUGGGCCGUAUUUCCUUCCGAACUGUCAAGACCAACCGCGAUUACCUCCGCCACCGAAGCUCGGCAUCCUGGAUGUACAUGUCUCGAUUAGCAGCCAUGAAGGAAUUCGCGUUCAUGAAGGCACUCCGGGAAAACGGAUUCUCGGUCCCCGAACCCAUUGCUCAGAAUAGGCACACCAUUAUCAUGGAGCUGAUCGACGCUUUCCCGCUCCGUCAGAUUUCUAAGGUUGCCCAUCCCGAAGCUCUAUACUCGGAGUUGAUGGAGAUUAUUCUGGAACUAGCGCGGUUCGGUCUUAUCCAUGGUGACUUCAACGAAUUCAACAUCUUGAUCAAGGAGAUCGUGGAUCCCAGUGGGAAGGGAAAGGGAAAGGCUUCCGCAAAUGCGGACGAUGAAGAUUCCGAUGAGAACGUCCGGCUGGAACCGGUGAUUAUUGAUUUCCCGCAGAUGGUUUCUAUUGAUCAUGUCAAUGCCGAGAUGUACUUUGAUCGGGAUGUCAACUGUAUCAAGCGAUACUUCCAAAGAAAGUUCCAUUUCGUCAGUGACAACCCUGGUCCGUUCUUUGCCGAUGCCAAGAAGAACUUUCUGAGGAACCCUGGCAAGAGACUGGACGUUGAGGUCGAGGCAUCUGGCUUCUCCAGGAAGAUGGCCCGCGAGCUGGAGACUUAUAUGAAGGAGGUUGGUGCCGAUGGUGAUGCCGGCGCUGCCCGUGAUGACCUCGAUGAGGAUGAGGAUGAUGAUGAAGAGGAGAGCUCGGGAGAGGAGGAGGAGGAAGAUGAUGAUGAACAACCUGGACAGAGCAGCACGGAGGUGGAUGAGAGCUCUCAGCGGCUAGAGAAGCUGCAGGUCUCCGAGUCAUCAGGGCAAUGA